GGGCGCUCUAGGCGGCGGCUGCGCUCGGUGCCCACACCGCGCCAGCUGCGGCGCCACAGCGGCCGACCCCGCGCCCCCCGCGUCCCGCAGCCCCGCGGAACCCCCGAGGCCGCCGCUGCCCCGAGGCCGGGCCGCACGGGACCAUGGCCGAGGCGGCGCCGGCUCCGACCCCCGAGUGGGACCCCGAGGGCCUCGGCUCCCUGCAGCCCCUACCCCUGCCCCCGGCCCCCGCGCCCAGCGAGGCUCACCUGCAGACCGCGGCCAUCUCGCUGUGGACGGUGGUGGCGGCCGUGCAGGCCGUGGAGCGGAGGCUGGAGGCGCACAGCCGGCGGCUGCUCAGCCUGGAGGGCCGUGCGGGCUCGGCGGAGAAGAAGCUGGCCGACUGCGAGAAGACGGCCGUGGACCUGGGGCAGCAGCUGGAGGGCAAGUGGGCCGUGCUGGGCACCCUGCUGCAGGAGUACGGGCUGCUGCAGCGGCGCCUGGAGAACAUGGAGAACCUGCUCCGCAACAGGAACUUCUGGGUCCUGCGGCUGCCCCCCGGCAGCAAGGGCGAGGCCCCCAAGGUGCCUGUGACAUUCGACGAUAUCUCCAUCUACUUCUCAACCCCCGAGUGGGAAAAAUUAGAAGAGUGGCAGAAGGAACUCUACAAGAACAUCAUGAAAGGCAACUACGAGUCUCUCGUCUCCACGGAUUAUGCCAUGAACCAGCCCGAUGUCUUGUCCCAGAUUCAGCCGGAAGGAGAGCACCAAGCCGAGGCCCAGGCGGCGCCCCCGGAGAGUGAGAUCCCCGCAGACCCCAGCGAAGAGCCUGGCAUUUCCACAUCGGAUAUUCUCUCCUGGAUCAAACAAGAGGAAGAACCUCAGGUUGGGGCCCCGUCAGAGCCCAAGGAGAGCGAGAUAUACAAGGCCACCUUCGCCGACCCGGACCAGCUCGCCAUCAAGGCCGAGGGCCUGGCCGGCGGCUCCCUGCGCCCGGAGGUGCCCGCGCCCUUCCCCUCUCCGCCCCCGGGCGCACCGGCCAAGGAGCCUUUCGGGGGGGCGGCCUCCGCGGCCCCUUUCGCACAGCCUGCGGCCGAGCUGGAGGGACAGGUGACCUUCACGCAGCUGGGCGGCUACCCGGCGCCACCGCCGCCGCCACCUCCGCCGGCCGGGGAGCCCCUCUUCGCCUGCCGCAGCCUGGCCCAGGACGCGAUGCCGGGCCACCGGGGCGCGCCCCCCGCAACCCCCGCGCCCCCCGGGCCCGAGCGGGCGCCCCCCACCUGCCCGCACUGCGCGCGGACCUUCACGCACCCGUCCCGCCUGGCCGCCCACCUGCGGGUGCACAGCAGCGCCGAGCGCCCCUUCCCCUGCCCCGACUGCCCCAAGCGCUUCGCCGAGCCCGCGCGCCUGGCCGCCCACCGCCGCGCCCACGCCGCCGAGCGCCCGUUCCGCUGCGGGCAGUGCGGCCGCAGCUUCAGCCUCCGCCUCAGCCUCCUGCUGCACCAGCGCGCCCACGCGGCCGGCGAGCGCCCCUUCUCCUGCCCGCACUGCGGCCUGGACUUCCACGGCCACUCGGCGCUGCUGCGCCACCAGACGGUGCACACGGGCGAGCGGCCCUACCCCUGCCCGGACUGCGGCAAGAGCUUCCUGCGCAAGGAGCACCUGCUCAACCACCGGCGGCUGCACACGGGCGAGCGGCCCUUCCCCUGCGCGCACUGCGGCAAGAGCUUCAUCCGCAAGCACCACCUGCUCAAGCACCAGCGCACGCACACGGGCGAGCGGCCCUACCCCUGCGCGCACUGCGGCCGCAGCUUCCGCUACAAGCAGACCCUCAAGGACCACCUGCGCGCCGGCCACGGCGGGGCCUGUGCCGGGGACGGGCCCCCGGGCCCCCCCGGCCGGCCCCCCGACCCCCCGGGUCCGCUGCUGGCCGGCCUCGCCCCCGCGGGCCUAGGCGUCCCCCCGGAAGGCCUGGAGGCCGGGCCAUGGUAUGGCGACGGGGGCGGAGGGGGGGUCUUGUGAACUGCCUCCUCCCCCCCCCCCCCCCGCUGCACCCCCACCCCCAUCCCCACCCGCUGGCAAGCUGGCCAGUCGUGGUUGUGGGGUGGGGGGGAAGUGGGGGCUAGCGCUUAACCAGAGACACGCUUUGGGGGGACUUGAGAACAUGACAAGGACACCCUGUUUUGAAACCUGGACCGACACCCCUCGCCCAACACCCCGCGCCCAACACCGCCCGGUGGUUUAAACAGCUGGCCCAAGCAGGGUUCUUAGAGGACGGGAGGCAGGGCCACUGCGGCCAACCUCACCGGGUGACCCAUGCAGCAGGAGGGCAGGACCAGAGGGCUGAGCAGGCCAGGCGGUUGGGGGGCACAGCACCCAGGCCCCGGGGCUCCCUCCCCGCCUCCGGGAGCUGAGCUCCAGCCUGCCCCGACCUGACAAGGAUGCCUUUCCCAAAACACAGCACCCGCAAGCCUUCCGGGGAUCCCGGGUCGGCACCUCUAAUACAUUUCAUCUCUAUCUGGCAAACAAGAGGUCUGGCUUCUCAAUCUGACUCCCACCAGCUUGGGGCCCUCCCGCAGGACCUGGCUAAGAACCUGGGGACCUACGUUCUCAGCCCCCCAGUCUGUGCCUGAGGCCCCGUUCCUCAGAGCUCUGUUUCUCAGGGCCCUGCAUCUCACUCCCCCCCACCCUCCGCGCGUCCUGCCCCUUUCCAGAAGCUUCCCAGCAGCUGGCAGUUUCCCUUCCCUCUGGAGUGAUGCAGCACUGUCACCUGGCCACUUGCUGGGGCCACCGGAGGGUGUCGGGCCCAGGGAGGUCCGGGCCCUUCUGAGAGCCUUGCAGUCAGUCAGGUGGUCGGUGCAGGUCUCAGGUGCUCAGCUGUGAGAGGAGGCUGGUUCAGUCAAAUAAAGCCAGUCUCUCCAGAUGGACAAAAAGAAAAGGGCUCUUAGCACCCACUCCUCCUGCCCAAAGCCUGUCUCUGGCUUCUGGCCAAGCAAGUCCACGACGAAGAGUGUUGCUGAAACCUUACAGAAA